UCUAGGUCGCAGAGGGAUUUGGCGAAAGAUAUGUCCUCCUAACGCAGGGACAAUUCAGGCGAAUUAUCUUUCAGGAAUUGUCUGUCUGGCGCGAAUGACAGGAUUUUAUUUACUGGAAGCUAAAUAAGAUUUAACUGAAUAAUGUCAGUUAGACUUUCAAUAAUGUAUCUAAACGUUGUCUGGAUUAUGUGUUGCCAGUAGCAGCAUAACUUCUUCAUACAGGCAGAUUCCAUUGAGUCUACAAGCACCUGACUCGCUGAGCACUACACCCUGGCUUCAACGCUUCACCAGUCCAAGGUCAAGGACCGCAUAACAUCUGUCAACAUUUUCUGGUUGGCGGACACAGAGGAGAACCCGAAACACACCCAGCCCUGAGGACAAGUAGACUACGCGACACACCCUGCCCUGAGGACAACUCCAGAAAUACUGCAUUUUAAUUUAGACCAGGACAGACAACAACCAGAACCCCACACACAAACACACUCUGGAAACAAACCGACCAACAAAAAGGCAGAGGAACAACAACCAACUACCCCAAUUUAUCUCACCAUCUCACCCAGCUGGUGCCUAGGCUCACCCAGUUAAUAACAAUGGUCUGGUCUGUUCCUAUCUGAUUGACACAGACUGACUGACUGUCCGGCUGGUUUGGGUGUUUUGUGACGCUCCUCUAUACGUUCAUCAUCAUUGUAUCUGAUUUUGAAGAGCUGAAGGACCCACCAUGCACCUGACUGUGUGAAGUUGAGCCCUCGACUGCCAAGGACCACAGACUACUGACCUCGUAAGGGCCGUGUGUGCUCACUGGCCGCUUGUGUGGUGGUCGAUCAUGGGUAAGGAGCAGGACCUCCUGGUGGCAGUGAAGAGUGGAGACAUCCUCCUGGCCCACAAACUCCUGGCCAAGGUCACAUACAACAAAACCAAGUUGCUGGGCUCCACAAAGAGGCUCAACAUCAACUAUCAGGACUCAGAUGGGUUUUCAGCGUUACACCAUGCAGCUCUAACAGGCACCACUGAGCUGCUGUCUCUACUACUGGAGGCUCAGGCCACUGUGGACAUCAAAGACAUUAAUGGUAUGCGUCCGCUACAUUAUGCAGCAUGGCAGGGUAAAGCUGACUCGGUGUUGCUGCUGCUGAGAGCUGGAGCCUCUGUUAACACGCUGUCACAGGACGGACACAUACCUCUACACCUGUCUGCACAGUACGGACACUACCAGGUGAAAUAG